UCUUUCUCUCUCUGAGAGUUAUUAGGGGUUGGGGGGUGGGGGUCGGAAGAUUAGGACAUGGAUUUGGGGGGGAUAGAGGCAGGAAGAGGGAACGAUAUUAGAUCGGAAUUGAAGCGAUAUAGGUUAGGUUGACGCAAGAUCGGAUUGAGUGAUGCAUGGAUUUAGUGGAUUUGGUGCGAUUAGUGGGGAAUUGGAAGGGAAUCGGAGUAGGAAGGGAGGAUUUGUAGCGAUUCAGGGGAUUUGCUCUUUGGUGUUGUAGAUCUUGGAGGGGUUCUGAAGUUUUAGGGGCUUUGCAGAUCCAAACUUGGACCCAAAAAGAGAUAUAGUGGAAAGAUGAGAUUUUGUAGCUGGAAUUAUAGGAAGAUUGUGGAAUAAGUGGGCAAUUCGGUUGAAUCUCUUUGGGAUGAGGGAGAUUGGAGGAAAUCAGUAGGAGACGUUGAGCAUCGACGAGUACAAAUCAUACAAGUUAUCGUGUAUAUUCCAAAUUUUAGUGACGGGACUUUGGCAUCUCAAUAAAUUUUGAAUUGGGGAUGAAACAUAAGCACAAUUGCUGAGAUUGUUAUGCAAUGUCGAUAUGUACACAAUGCCCCUUUUUUAGACUUAGCAGCGAAAAUGUAGUGGGUGAAAUCUUCAAGGAGAUAUGCUCCAUUGCAUUUUGCAGGGAAUAUGGCAACAUUGGUUGAUCCUCCAAAUGGCAUGGGAAACCGUGGGAAGCACUACUACUCCAUGUGGCAAACCUUGUUCGAGAUCGAUACGAAGUACGUGCCUAUCAAGCCUAUUGGAAGAGGAGCUUAUGGGGUUGUCUGCUCGUCCAUAAAUCGAGAAACAAAUGAAAAGGUUGCAAUAAAGAAGAUCCACAAUGUCUUUGAUAACAGGGUGGAUGCACUUAGAACGUUGCGGGAACUGAAGCUCCUUCGACAUCUACGCCAUGAGAAUAUUAUUGCUUUGAAGGACAUCAUGAUGCCAGCCAAUAGGAAAAGCUUCAAGGAUGUAUACCUAGUUUAUGAACUCAUGGAUACUGAUCUGCAUCAGAUUAUCAAGUCUUCACAGGCACUCUCUAAUGACCACUUCCAAUAUUUCCUCUUUCAGUUGCUCCGAGGACUGAAGUAUAUCCAUUCGGCAAACAUACUCCACAGAGACUUGAAGCCUGGGAACCUACUGGUCAAUUCAAACUGCGACCUCAAGAUUUGUGAUUUUGGUUUGGCUCGCACGAGUAAGGGGGAGAAUCAGUUUAUGACCGAAUAUGUCGUCACCCGCUGGUAUCGGGCCCCUGAGCUGCUCCUUUGCUGUGAUAACUAUGGCACCUCCAUAGAUGUAUGGUCGGUGGGUUGCAUCUUUGCUGAGCUUCUUGGGCGCAAGCCCAUCUUUCCAGGCACUGAGUGCCUCAACCAGCUCAGGCUCAUUAUUAAUGUCCUUGGCACCAUGAAUGAUGCUGAUGUUGACUUCAUUGAUAACCCAAAGGCGCGCAAAUACAUCAAGUCUCUGCCAUAUACCCCUGGUAUUCCUCUCGCUGAUCUGUACCCUCAUGCAAAUCCACUGGCUAUUGACUUGCUGCAGAAGAUGCUUGUUUUCGAUCCAUCUAAAAGGAUCAGUGUCACCGAGGCAUUGGAGCAUCCAUACAUGUCUCCGCUUUAUGAUCCAAGUGCCAACCCUCUAGCUCAAGUCCCCAUCGAUCUCGACAUUGAUGAAGAUCUUGGAGAGGACAUGAUCAGGGAGAUGAUGUGGAAUGAGAUGCUUUAUUACCACCCAGAAGCUGCUUCAGCAAACUCGUAAGAAUCAUUGCUUGUUUCUAGUAGUAAACUAGAAGCUUCGUUGGACUGGAUGUUGAUUUUGUUUUUGUUGUUUUACUAUUAUGAGCUAUGCUCGAGAGCCUGUUGUCUAUAAAUAUGCUUGUAACGUAUGCAUGCAAUGUUUGUGGUGUGCAAAACUUCCCUUGUAUAAUUUUGAUGCUUGUAUGUCUAAAUUUUUUUAUAUGGUAAUCACUUUUUCAAUUAUAUUUUUCA